AUGUGCGUUGUACAAACACUGUGUUCACCGUGUGGCGGUGGAUUGUUCCAGAACAUUGAAUGCGGGACGGAGAAGUUACGAUUUGUUAAGUUUCACCGUGGAUUCAAUGCCGUUGGAUUAGGUAGUUUUCGUAAAAGCCUGUUGAAACCGAUCACGGCGAAGGAUGGCCGUGAAUCGUCUCUUGCCGGUGACUGUGACGGUGACGGUAACGGUAGCGCUGCUCCUAAGUACAAGGGGAUUUCUGUGAAUACACGGAACUGCGUCAAAAGUGAACCUGAUUCACCUUUCACUCAUCACUCUGCUGGUAAAAAUGUCUGUGACUUGUCGAUGAAUGGGAAUUCGACGAACAUUUUGUGGCAUGAAUGUCCAAUCCAGAAGCUUGAUAGACAGAAAAUACUUCAACAAAAAGGCUGUGUCAUUUGGAUAACUGGUCUCAGCGGUUCAGGAAAAAGUACAAUAGCGUGCGCUUUGAGUCGAAGCUUGCACUCGAGAGGAAAGUUAACUUAUAUCCUUGACGGUGACAAUAUUCGACAUGGUUUAAACCGUGAUCUUAGUUUUAGAGCCGAAGAUCGUUCUGAGAACAUUCGAAGGAUUGGUGAAGUUGCAAAACUCUUGGCAGAUGCAGGAGUUAUUUGCAUCACCAGUUUAAUAUCACCAUACCAAAAGGACCGAGAUGCUUGCAGGGCUCUACUACCCAAAGGAGAUUUUAUUGAGGUUUUCUUAGAUGUGCCUCUGGCUGUGUGUGAAGAAAGGGACCCAAAGGGACUAUACAAGCUUGCUCGAGCUGGACUGAUUAAAGGUUUCACAGGGAUAGAUGAUCCAUACGAACCCCCGUCUAGUUGUGAGAUAGUAUUGCAGCAGAUAAAAGGAAGUGAAUGUAUGUCUCCAAAUAAUGCCGCCGAAAAAGUAAUAUCUUACUUGGAGAAAAAUGGGUACCUGAGGGCCUGA